AUGAAUGAGGAAGUUUUGACGACGAGUUUAGAGCUCCGCGAAACAACAAAUUUGCAGUGUGUCGAUUAUUAUUGACACAAGUUAAUAUUGAUGUAUCUUUUGAUUUCAGCUUUGGAUUUCUGACUUCCAGUUUGCUGUUAACGUGAAUACUAGAUCUAGAAAAAGCGCAGUAACUUAAUUGAACCUGAAAGUUUGAGAAAAAAGCCUGUGUCAACAAGACACAAGAGACUUGAAAAUGCUCAGAUUUGCUGAUGCUGUCUUCUGUUUUUAUUUUGUCUCACAUAUUCCCAUCGUUUUGCUCGUGGAUCUGCAGGCAUUGCUGCCCGAGGAGUAUUUCCCUAAAUCAGUGGUUGCAAUGAAGGAUGAUUACUGCCGUGAGUUCCGUGACCCAAUGUUGAUGGAUCCUCCCGGAUGGUAUCAGUCAUUAAUUUUAUGUACUGUAUUUAUAAAGCUUCCAUUUACUGUGUUUGCACUUUAUGGAUAUCUUAAAGGUGCCAGGCAGUGCCCCUGGUUGAGGAUUCCAAGCAUUCUAUACGGCUGCCACGUCGCCACCAUGCUCAUUCCUGUCUUUGGACACACGUUGACACACGAUUUCUCUAAAGGAAAAUUCCCAGGACCAAGAAAUAUGCAUGAGCGUCUCGUUCUUAUUGGUAUGUUCAGCCCUCACCUCCUUUUGCCUCUAUGGAUAAUGUUGGACGCGUUGUUUAGUUCAGCAUUUCAACAGCAGGGGAAGCAGUCGCAGCAAAAGAAAAUCAAAUAGGGGAAAUCACCUGCAUAUAAAAUUUCUUUAUAUCUGGAUACAUGUGUUCCAUUUAAUUUAAAUUUUAAAUGGGUGAUUAGGGAUGCCAAUUAUAUGUUCUAUUUUUUUUUACUACAUCUCUUUUGUUUAUGUCCAAUUUUCUUUUUGGUUGCCUUCUAUGACCAUGACUGUGUUGAUUUGCCUCCCCUCCCCUUCCUUGUUACAUAAACAAACACAUUUUCCAAUGCCACUGCACUGCACUGUUUUAGACUAUUGAUUACUUAAACAAGGAGAGGAGUCUAAUAUGGUCAGUCUAUCUGUCAUUCUUUUGUUUUAGCGAAAGUCAGAAGUCUAAGGCAUGCACAAUGGUCCUUCAUAUAUCACCUGAGGAAGAUACUCAUAUAUACAGACAUUAUAUAUACACCCGCACUGAUAUAGUGAAUAAUUCAAAUACAGCUCCGUGGUGAUAGCGGUGUGGUCAUGAAUCAACAAUGCUCUUCAUACACAACUUUCACCUGCCUCUUUGACCCUCUCUCAAAUUUCAUUUCAAUUACAUAUAUCACCAUGGCAACAUACCUUUCAACAAAGCUUUCAAGCUUGCGUAACUCUGAUAAUAGAGUGUUUAUACCAGUGUCUGUGGUUUAUUAGUUAAAAAGCUUUUACCUAUUGUUUGCAGAAUAUGUGAGUUCAAUUCCCUGAUGGAGAAAUUUUUAAAAUCAAAUUGUAUCUCCCUCUGCCUGCUGGGAUUUUGUACCCUUCUCAGCCUAGGCUGGAGCUGACAGUCAGGGUUGAAUUGAACUUCUUUCCUAAUAAUUAUAAUUGAAUCAUCGGCCCACACCUUGCCUUACUCUGUGCUGUCUCUCUCUCUCUCUCUCUCUCUCUCUCUCUCUCUCUCUCUCUCUCUCUCUCCUCAUGUUAUGGGUACAAUGGUGAACUGAAUUUGCAGCUAUCUUUAAGUUAGACGCCCUCACUGGUGCCCAUUUUGCCCAUUUUUCUUUUGGUGCUAUUUGUACAAAUGGUUUGCUCUAUGUGCAUGUUUUGAAAGCGAAGAAUAUGUAAGAAAAAAUUUGGGACCAGAAAAUCUGUUUGUACAUUAUGUGUGCAUUUUUCACGGUGCGUUUUUCAUGUGAAUGCUAGACAAGACUGUAUAUUAUAUUGAAGACUACAGUAGGAAUAAUGACAAGAGUUUCUCUUUGGUAAAUUUGAGAAAGCUUUAAAUUUCAAACUAGCUGGGUACCUCGUUCGAUGAAUGAACUUAAUCAUCAAGUCAUGGUGGGUUAAGUGCGCACAGCAUGUGAACGGAAGUCUUGAAAUAUGUCUUGAACACUGCACUGAAAUGCUAGAACUCUGUGUGGACGAAACAAAGCAUUUUGGAAAAAUCGGGGAAAGCAGAUUGCGUGGAUUUUUAAAAGUUAGGUCCAAGCUGCAUGGACGCCUGCGAAGUUUCAAAGGCGUGGGUUAGGUAAUAAGGGAGGAGUUUGUGCACAAAGCCUCUUAAGUCCAAUUUUAUAUAGAGAGAUUUUGAAAAUUUCAUAUUUUAAAAGAGAAGGAUAUGAAAUUUUCUCUGUUCAUUUUUACUUGCUCAGUCCCACUUGUCUCUGUUAUAAAAUGUUUUUAUAAUAAUAUUAUUGUUGUGUUAUUUUUUAAAUGUAGUGGCAUGAAUCCCCCAUGGGGUAUAACUCAAAUUAAUGAAAUGCGUGUACAUGACAAUGGCAUUAUUUCCCCUGUAGUCUUCAUUAAGCUUCCCAAUCAUUAUACAUGUAUUAUGUGUGUCCAUUAUGAAAUCAGGCUCUGGUCAAAGUAAAGAUAUUCAAGAAACAUAAUUUUUCCCACCUGUUGCGCAAUUUGUACAGAUUUUGGUAUUUUUUGCUCAACGCCUAUUUGGUCUAUUUAAUAAUUAUACAUUUCUGUGUGGAUUUUACUGAAAAAUGUUCAUCAAAGGCAUCAAAAAAAAAAAAAAAUGUACCGUUUCCGAGGACACUCAAGGGCUGAAAAUCUCUUAACUUUGGUGGCCAUUUUCUUGCUAAUUUUACCUCUGACACCAGGUGACCCCACUUCAUUGAGUAGCAAAUAUAUGUCGACUCUUACUCUUAAUUCGAGACAGAUGGUGUUUUUUUCAUCUAAAGCAAGAUAUAUUGAUAAGCUUUAACAGAUGAUAUCAAUAUGUCCAUAUGUAUGAGUAGUGACAAGUGCCUGAUUCCACAGUGUUGUGGCACAUAUUCCACUACAUUUGUUGCAAUAAAUAGAUAUUAUUAUUUUUU